AUGGGGGGAGGUGGAGGAAACAAGAAAGUACUGGUGAGUUUCGCGGUUUUGAUGUUUCUGGGGAUCGCUGUCUACUUCAGGCUUUGGUCCAUCGAUUACAGAGUUUCUUCUGAUGAAACCGAGCUCAUCAGACGACAGUUUGACCUUGCUAAUAGAGAAGCAAUGGAUGAAUCUGCCGAGUGGAGGCUGAAAUAUGAUGUAGAAGCAGAAAGGUCUACCAGGUGUAUUAAUGAACUCAAACAGUUAAGGGGAUCUAUUGAAGAUGAUGGAAAUGCUGCUAAUAACAAUCAUAAAUUGAUGAUGCUACAAAAGGAAAAUUUUGCUUUGAUUGAACGAAUGGAAGCUUUGAAACAAGAACUUGAGGCUCAAAAGCUUAAGUGCAGCCUGCAAUAGUUUCUGAUUAUGAUCAAUCUCACUCUGUAAUUUUUGUACACAUCCAAAAUAAAGGUAUAUUUGAACUAGAUGUUGGCAUGGUGCCCGUUGCAGAUCUCGAUUCGUGAUGCUUUCCUGAAAACAUGAGAAAAUCUCAUAAAUUUGUUGUAGACUAUAUAAUAACUGUUUUUCUUUCUAUUCCCCACCUAUCGCUAUAACUUAAGUUGUAGUUUCCAUAUUUCUAAUUGUGAUUACGCUUCUCCAAAUUA